UGUUGCUUGCUUGUGUACCUCUAUCGCAAUAUAACUUACUUUACACCGCCGCCAUAUAGGGUUAUCAACUGAACAUUUGGUGGUGGCUAAAGCAGCCCUAACGAGCAUUGUAAGUUACACCUGCGGCAGUAGCUCCUAAAGAUGCCUAAGCGUAAGGCCGAGGCUGAGGCAAAGCGUGAUGAGGAAGAGGAGCAGCCGGAGGAGCAACCUAACGACGAUGACGACAGCGAGGAUGAGGACUUCAGCGCUGAAGAAGCCAGCGAAGAUGACAGCGACAACGAAGGGGAGGGCGAUGAGGGCGAGGACAGCGACGAUGACGACGAAAGUGGCAGCGGCAGCGAUGACUCCGCUCCUGAGGCCUCUUCCAGCGAGGCUGAGUCUGAGGACGACGAGGAGGGCGAGGCGUACAAGGAGGUCAACGUGCAGUUUGAGUUCUUCGACCCGCAGGAGCGCGACUUUCUGGGCCUGAAGGCGCUGCUGACCACCUACCUGGACGGCCUGCAGUACGACUGCAGCGGCCUGGUGGACGCCAUCAUCAAGCAGACCGCAGUGGGCACGGUGGUCAAGUCCUCCGAGGAUGAUGACCCCUUCGCGCUGCUCUCCGCCUUCAACACCACGCGCGGCCCGGCUGCGGGGUCCGCCUGGCUGGGCCAGGUGCGCGACUACCUGCGCAGCCGCUGCAGCGACCCGGACACACGGGACAAACUGGACAAGGCCCUGUCCGGCCCCGGCACCGCGCUGCUGGUCUCGGAGCGGCUGAUCAACUGCCCGCCGCAGCUGGCGCCGCCGCUGGUGCAGAUGUUGCUGGAGGAGAUUGAGGGCGCCGCCGCUGAUGAGGACUACCCGGAGGAGGAGCGCGAGGAGUUCCGGUUCCAGCGCUACCUGCACUUCACGCGCGUGUACACGGACCCGCAGGAGGAUGGGGAGGAGGCCGGGCAGGACGGGGAGGGCGGUGCGGGUGCGGGCCCCAGCGCACCCAGGCAGGCAGCGGAGAAGAAGACGGGCAAGGCCAAGUCGCCCCUCAUCGUGUACGUGCGCCCCGAGGACGAGUACCUGCACCAGGUGGCCUCCUGGAGCUUCACCUUCCCCGUGGAGGGGCGCCCCGUGGCCAAGGGCGACCUGCGCCCGCUGCGCGCCGUCAUGUGUGUGGAGGCGGGGCGGAUGGCGGAGGCGCGGGCCAUGAUGGACCUGGUGGUGGGGAACAUGAUGGCGGAGGGGGG